GGAAGGCGAGUGGGCGGGCGCUCGCGCCCGGCUGAAAGAUGGCCGCCGCCGCCCGGCAGCCACCGCCCCGGAGGUUACUCUAGGGCCUGCGGCUUCCGCCCGUGCCCGCGGACCACCGCCGUCUCCUUACCAUGAAGCCAGUGAGUCGCCGCACCCUGGACCGGAUUUAUUCAGCGUUGCUCCUCGCGGUCGUAUUGCUCUCCUGGGGAUACGUCAUCUAUGCAUCAACUGUAGCUGCACGACGACAGCUAAGGAAGAAAUACCCAAAAUCUUCGGGAUGAAUGAAAAUUUGUAAUUCCUCUGGAUUUGAUUCCAUGCAUAUACAAUUCUUUACCUCAUGCUCAUCUGACACGUGUCUCGAUUUAAUGUAAAAUCUUUAAAAUGCUUUGAAAUUCA